AUGAUAAGAUUGAAUGAUAAAGGAAGUAGGGUUAUUUUGCAAACUGAAAUGGAAGAUGAAAAUGCACAGCCGAAAUUUAAGAGAAUAUUUGGGGGGCAAAUACUUUCUGCCAUAGCUAGAGAUGCAAAUAACAAUAUUUUCCCAGUUGCAUUUGCUGUUGUUGAGCAAGAAAACAAAGAUUCAUUGGGCCUUAUACCUGCAAUUGAGAUGCUGUUCCCAAUUUGUGAGCAUAGAUAUUGUGUGAAGCAUAUCUAUAAUAAUUUCAAAGUGGAUCAUAAGGGCUUGGAGUUGAAGGAUGCACUGUGGAGAUGUGCUGGAGUCACAACAGUCAGGGAGUUUGAGAGAAGAAUGCAGGAAAUGAAGGAUUUGGAUGUCAAGGCAUGGGAGUAUCUUGCUGACAUCAACCCUGCACAAUGGUCUAAGUCUCACUUUAGUAGUAGAGUUUUGUGUGAUUGUUUAGCUAAUAACUUGAGUGAGUCUUUUAAUGCCAUGAUUUUAGAAGCUAGGGAUAAGCCAAUUUUAGCAAUGUUGGAGUGGAUUAGAGUUAGGCUCAUGACCAAACAAUACAAAAAGAUGAGAGGCAGCUUCAUGUAUGAGGUUGAUAAUGGUCAUGAGAGACAUGUGGUUGACUUGGCUAAGAAAGUAUGCAGCUGUAGGAUUUGGGAUUUGACAGGACUUCCCUACAAACAUGAGAUCUCUGCUAUUGUUAAGAACCUGGAGAAAGUGGAGGACUACGUGCAUCCUUGUUACUUAAAAGAGACAUUUGCUGAAACAUACAAAGAGAUAAUACAGCCAAUGCCUGGCCAGUCUGAGUGGGUUAAGACUAACCAACCUGCUCCUAUUGCUCCUCAUGUGUAUAAACCACCUGGCAGACCACCAAAGCAAAGAAAAAGAGAUCCUGAAGAGCCAAGGAACCCUUAUAGAGUUUCUAGGAUGAACAAGACAAUCAAGUGUGGGAAGUGCAAGAAAGAAGGACAUAAUGCAAGAGGGUGCAAGACAGGCAUCACUGGUGAAACUCCAUAG